CUUUUUGUAAUAAUGGUAAAACUUUUGUUGAUAUAAAUCUACAUUUGAGCACGGUAGGCAUUUAAAGUGCGCGUCUACAAUAGAAAUUAUUAUAUGAAUGACAGUUGUGAAAUAUUUACUAAACUGUAGGACUAGGAGUACCAAAAUCUGCAUUAGGAAAACUUGAGGAAGAAUGGACGGCAGAAGACUUAUACUGUUUACUGUAUCAACGGUCGUCAUAUCUCUGGCAAACGGCCUCACAGGACCAAAUAUUCCACGUGGAGAAAAAGACCCAGCGUUUUGGAGGAACUUGGCAAAAGACAGACUGCAAAAGAGAAAACAACAAGUGGAAAUCAACAAAAUAGCAAAGAACUUGAUAUUGUUUAUCGGGGAUGGUAUGGGCCCAACAACAGUUACGGCAGCUAGAAUACUCAGGGGACAACUGAACAACCGCCCAGGAGAAGAAAGUGUGCUUGCCUUUGAGGAAUUUCCCAAUGUAGCAUUAUCUAAGACUUAUAACGUUGACAGACAAACCGCUGACUCAGCAGGAACCGCCACUGCCAUGCUUAGUGGUGUGAAAACUAACUAUUUUAUAGUAGGUCUUGACGGUCGGGCAACAGCGAGCGAUUGUCUCAGCGCAGAGGGAAAAGAAGUAGAAUCUUUAGUUGAUUGGGCUCAAGCUGCAGGAAAGCGCACAGGCAUUGUUACGACUUCCCGGAUCACCCACGCUACGCCGGCGGCGGCUUACGCUCAUACACCUGACCGUUACUGGGAAGGAGAUGUUAACACUGCGGAGAUAGAAGGUGGCUGCAGAGAUAUAGCACAGCAGCUGAUUGAUGAUAACAAAGAUAUUAAUGUGCUUCUUGGCGGAGGAAGACGAUAUAUGUUACCGAACAAUACGGAGGACCCAGAAACAAACAAGAUCAACAGUAAUCAUCGCAGGGACGGUAGAAAUUUGAUCAAGGAGUGGGAGGCAGACAAGGAGGCCAGAGGUUUACAGCAUAAAUAUGUUUGGAAUAAGGGACAAUUUGAUGCUGUUGAUUACAGAAAUACAGACUAUCUUCUAGGAUUAUUUGAACCAAAUCAUAUGCAAUAUGAACUAGACAGAGAUACGUCUAGCUCUGGUGAACCGUCCCUAGCAGAAAUGACAAAAACUGCAAUAGAAAUUCUGUCUAAGGAAGACAAAGGCUAUUUUCUUCUGGUUGAAGGUGCGAGAAUAGACCACGGACAUCAUGAUGCACUAGCGAAGAAAGCUCUGCACGAAACACUGACAUUUGAAGAAGCCAUAAUGGAUGCGCUUAGUAUAUGACUAACAAAGAAGAAACACUGGUAAUAGUUACGGCAGAUCAUUCUCACGUGUUUGAUAUAGCGGGAUACGCCUACAGGGGAACAGAUAUUUUUGGUUUGGUUGAACCUGUUGAUCCUACAGAAGAAACGUUAGAUGAUAAACCAUACAGUGUUUUCUUUUACGGGAAUGGACCCGCCUACUCCGAGCCUCGCGAAAACCUUACUGGAGUUGAUAUGC